AUUAGAAGUAACAUGAAGUCAUACAUAUCCAUCGUUUUUGUACUUUUAUUAUGUAGUUGGUCAGUCGUUAGCCAUUACAGCCAAGAAGAUACUGACCAUUGUACAGCGAAGUACGAAUCCUGCAAACUACAUCACGAAAACGUUGAACGAGAGCGGUAUUAUCCGGAUAGUUGUCGAGGAUUACACAAACUCAAUUCUCUUUCUUGGGAUGAAAUCGGAGGAGUUUUUGAAAUCUAUCCUACCCCGGUUUCAGAAAAGAUUGAAGUUUACUGUGAUCUCAUGACAGAUGGAGGAGGAUGGAUUGUAUUUCAACGUCGAAUGGAUGGCUCCGAAGACUUCUAUCGUGGAUGGGAUGAUUAUGUAAAUGGAUUUGGAAAUACGGUUGGAGAAUUUUGGCUUGGUUUAGAAAAUAUCUAUCAGAUCUUGAAAGACAAGACGUAUGAACUCAGAAUAGACAUGGAAGACUGGGAUGGAAACAAAGCCUAUGCAAAAUACGGAGCAUUCUCGAUCGGCGAUUCUUCAACAAAUUAUCGUUUAUCGGUUGGUCAAUACAGUGGAACUGCAGGAAAUUCUUUAGAAGCCUCAACUCAAGGACAUUCCCUACAUCAAGGACGAUCCUUCACGACGAAAGACGCAGAUCAUGACAUAGGAUCUGACAGAAACUGUGCCGUUGCUUACAAGGGAGCGUUCUGGUACGGAAAUUGUCAUGCAGCAAAUUUGAAUGGGCUGUAUAUCGAAGGAGGGAAAGCACAAUAUGCAAUCUCUGUGGUCUGGAAUACUUGGAAAGGCUACGAAUAUUCCAUAAAGUUUGUUGAAAUGAAAAUGAGGCAAAAAGAGUAGCCGAAUUAUAUAAAAAGUUCACAUAGAGUUCACAUUUUUCAGCGUUUGUAAAAUAUAUACUUUGCAAUAUUAAUAAUAUCUUACACAAAUCUAGAAUUUCUUAUGAUGAUCAUAUACUAGCAAUGGGCUUUUGAUAACAGACAAAAAUUAUUUUUGGAAUACCUUGGCUUGUUUAAUAAAGA